AUGUGGAAAAUAAAAUUUGGACAAACCACGGCUGAUGAAAAUAAAAUAAGAAAAAUCAACGUGACUUUGCUUCCUGUAGAUUCUGAUGAGAUUAAGUUAUAUUUUGCGUUAUGCAUAAUGGCCUAAGUAAAAAAACCGAAAAUCCAAAUGAAUUGGUCCAGGAGAGCACUUUUAGAAACGCUCAUAUUCGGAAAAACCUCAACUAGAUUUUUACAAAUUACGUGGUUUUUACACUUUACAAAUAAUAAUACAAUUGACCAUGCGGAUCGUUUACAAAAAAUAAAACCUAUAAUAAAUUUUUUUUUUAAUGAAAAAUUUAAAGAAAUAUAUAUGUGA